CCAUGUUCAUUCUCACGACUAUAUCCGAUCUUGUCCAAAUAUCUCCUGAAGAUUUUUCAAAGCUCAGUGCCGUCGCCAUUGAGGAUAACAUAAACGAGAAAUAUGCCAACAAGGUGAUUCAAAAUGUUGGGCUGUGUAUGGGAUUCUAUGACCUCCUAGAAUCCUCUGACGGUCUGAUCGGACACGGCACAGGGCUUGUUAAUGUCAAUGUUAAAUUUCGAUUAAUAGUCUUCAGGCCCUUCAAAGGUGAAGUCAUCCUUGGAAAGAUCACAAGUGGCACGGAGCAAGGAAUUAAAAUCGGCCUCGAGUUCUUCAAUGAUAUUCUGAUCCCCCCUAGUCUCCUGCUUGAUGGAGCCAAAUUCGAUUAUACCGAUCAGGUCUGGGUUUGGGACAACGGUGAAGGUGCCACCUUUUAUUUUGAUAUAGGUGAAACGGUUCGAUUUCGAGUGGAAGCGGAAGAGUGGCAUGACCAGAUUCCCAACGCUCCAGAUAUGCCAGAUGGCUCAUCCGCAGUAGAGCGAAAACCGGCUUAUUCGAUCAUUGGCUCCAUGCAAAUUGCGGGUCUUGGACUUGUUGCUUGGUGGUCGUGAAACGAGAGCCAAGUAAUCGGGAUUCUUCACGGCUCAAGGCCAAACGAUAUCUUCAGUUUAAAAAAGCACGAGUGUUGCUCGAAUCUCCCCCUCCCCCCCAAACGACAACAACAACGAAAACUAUUCUAGCAGGAUACGCACAACCCCAACUUCUUUGCUCUCAGCUCUUAGCGUGGUGGCUUGCUACCAGCAAUGCACUCUACCCAACAACGCUCGUGGCUCCAGAUAACGAGAUCGAGUGGCCCAGACCACUCGGGGAGAAUAUCAAA